AACAAUACCUAGUUGGCUCUUCGGUUAAGUUACGCACUAGCUAAGCUGAUGGAAAGGUCGGUAAGCCUUUCAGAAUAUCGUGUUAAGCCUAAAUGGAUUCGCUUCGGAUCCAGGGAGAGACGAAGUAACUAUUGUGGUCCGAUUAUAUCCUUGGUUUAAAAAAAAUUAAUAAGUAAAAGAAAACUUAAGUAAAAUUUACACCGAGAAUGAAAUUGAUCCACAGCAUGAACGCCCACCUGCGUGAGAUUAAGCACAUUGCCCACAUGAAACAGAUUUUAUCUAACUUUUAAUUUGAUGUACGUGAUGCUCUUCACUUCAGGUUAUCGUUCAGCUUGAGCAGCUUUUAGCCAAACAUGGAAAAGGCCCGCAGUAUAACGAUGGUAUGUUGGACUUUGACUUUGACUUUUAUUAAGGGCCCUGGAAAUAGAGCGCUCGCCGUACGUGAUAAAUAUUUCGUGCUACAUGUCUCGAAAUAAGAGAUAUACGUCAGUAAUUUUGAUAAUGAUAUUUAUUAUUUUUCUCUAUGUUAUUCUUAGAAGAAAAUAAAGACACUUACAGAACUCUUAGUGAAGAAAACAUCAAGCUGCAAGCGGAAGUCAUGCAGUACAAGGUACAGAGAAAAAAACGACCAGUUUAAUAGAUAAAUGCAGAUUCUUAAUUACGUUUAAAACAGUACAUGCCUUCUUUCUUCUCGUAAUAACGAGUUUCAUUUCGUUGAAAGGUUUUCUUCACCGAACAAAUUUAGUGACGCAAACAGUGCCGAAGAGUCUGCAAGUUUAAUCACUAGCAACUUUAUCAGUUAACUAAAAAAAGUAAACUAAACUGGCAUUUUAUUGGUUACGUUUUACACUUUUGAAAAGUGAAAAUGAGAAGCUUAGCCUUUGAAGUGCUGCUCUUGAAGUGCUGCUCCAAAGUGAACUACGAAAGACGUUGUGUUCCUGACUUGUUGGCAUUAAAAUGAAAUCAUGUGUUGUUGCAGAAGCAUUGUAGUCUCUUUUAAAUGAAACCUUUUAAGCAACACUGAAGAGCAUGUUGCUCUUUGUUUCUUUUUAAUUCGGCAAAAUGAAAUAAUUUUGUUAUCUAGCAUGGGCAAGUAACCACCCAAAACGACUCGAUAGUCUUUGUGGUCGCCUUCGAAAGCCGCCGACUAUUUUGAUGCAUUGUCUGGAAAAAAUUGAUUUCGGUAUUCGAUUGGAUAGACGGGUCGCCUGUUAGGGUUGGUAGAACGUGAAGAUUCGUCUGUACUUCUUUUUAUCCUUGAGAAAGGUUUGACUGUAACUGCCUCCUUUCUUUUGUUACUUUGUAGGAGUUGCUGAAGACAGCUGAAGCGAAGCAAAAGCUACCAAGGUACACAGUCCCAGUGACGUGUCUAAGGAGGGGGCAAGAGUCCCCUUCCCCUUUCCUAUAUUUGGACAAAAAUAAGAGGACUGAAUACUUCGUUUUGACCACAGAUUGGCUGUGCUACAACUCAUGUCCCUCAUUCUGUGUAAUAUCUGUCGCUUUUCUUAGCAAAUUCCAAAACUGUCGAUAUCUUGCAAAUGUCCGCGUGUAUGAGUUUACAUCAUGAUUGGAAUUAUAAUAAUCUCCAAGUAAUUAUUGUACAAUCUUUGCCCUCGAGGAGCAGUGGCGUUUUCCUUUCCGGACUCCUAGCUUAGCGUCCGAUGUACUGAUUUUAUUCAAAUACUUUUACAUCGAUUUUUAGGUACCAAUAUUUUUCUUCGUUUUUCUUACUUCUGGAUAAAAUUUCGUUCAAGAAAAUCCCAUCGUUCCGAAAAGCUGCCCCUGGGUCGCCGAUGUUUACAACAUACUUUUAAAAAGAACUGUUCUAAAUUGUGGACAGGACGUUUACUAGCAUAUAGAAUCCGUAUAAUUUAACUUUUUUAUGGCAAAUAUAACUUUACAAAGAAGGAAAACGGGAGAAACUAUCUACCGCGCGAGUUACUGCAACUUGCGAACAGGUUUUUGACUAACGGAUAAGGAUUGAGCCUAUUCCAAGUCGAACCCCCUUGUCGAGAACUUGCUCGUUGGUAACUCGUUUGGGGGACAUCCAUUCUAAGCCUGUGACUGAAGCAUCGGAAUUCUGCACGGAAAUUAGUCGGCUCAUCUCCCAGUUAUCUGUGAUUCCAUCCGGGUCUAAAUGACAUUUUACUUUUGUUUCAGAUCCCCUCCUGACAAGCAUGUGGCGAGUGUAAGUCAGCGAUGAAAAUUUGUUUCUUUGUUUGUUCUUAUGAAAUAAACCUUAAUUCUCGCGUUUACUGUACACUUUGUCCAUGGCUACGCAAGGUUGUCACGAAACCGUCGGUUCCGUUGGUCGGUGCGCCUCUCCAGAAAAAACACAGAACUUAGCAUCAAGAUUUCUGCGAUCGUUUGUGUAGACAGUGAGAAAGAUCUAUGAUCGGUUAGUGACCGUCUUUGGAAACUACCCCCCUAUCCAAAACUUUCUAACGUCAGCCGAACAAUCCCUCGUUCCCAGUAUCGUUACCUUCUGGAGGGCUAAAUUGUAUUUAUGAAAAGUGUAUUUUUCUAUUGUCUUUGCUGCUUCUAUUUUGAUAACGUUAAACUGCAGUAUAAUGUAUAAUCACACAUUACUGACCGUGUUGAUAAAUCCCAGCUCUGAGUGAUUUCAAACUUUUUACAUUAAAAUAAAGAGAAGUAGUAAUUGCCGUGUAUUUUGUUCGGCAGAACGGCCCAAUGUCCGAUAUGGAACGCCUUGAACUGUAUGAAAAACUGGAGAAAGCUGAAGGCCGCAUUGUUGCACUAGAAAAACAGGUAUGUUGUACGGUGGUGGUGAAAACAAGUUUACAGGGACACUCGGCCAGCAAGAUGUCGACAUCUCCUUCUCACUCCUCAGGUCAUAUUUUCAAAUGUUACGAAUGCACACCUUGUGAGAACAAAUUCUGCGGAGACAAACAAGUUUAACACAAAAUUUAUUUCUGAACUGAGAAUAUUUACAACUGUUUGAAGAGCUUAUUGUUAACCGAAAUUGUUUCCAUGUUCUUGAAGGAAACGUAAUAAACAAAAAUUUAAUGGUGGUAUGUCUUUUCUACCAUAAGGGGAAGCCGGAGCUCUCGGGGAGUUUUCUCUUGGAGUGAGACUGAAAAGAAGUUCGACAACAAACUCAAUCCGCAUAUGCAAGCUUCGUCUCUGGAAUUCUAACCUGGGCCAUGAUAGUGGGUGGCAAGUGAGCUCUCGCUAAUAAUGCGCCGCUCUUGCUCCCCAUGUCGGAAUCAUCCUCGAAAUGCAAACUUCCCAGUUACAGAUUUACUAAUGUCUCAACCUUUUUCUUACUUUUUAGUUGGCUGAUAAUGUGAGAAAAUGGGCGAAAGACAAAGCUGAUUUACAGGUAAUGAGAAAUUCGUUGUUUGCUAUUUCAAAAAACGUGAAGUGCGAAGAGCGUUACGGGGAAAUGUUGCUCGCAGCAAAUGGGGCUGAAAUGUUUUUUCGAAAGCAGCAAUAAAUUCAUUAAUGAUUGCUAAACUAAAGUUCGCGCAACCAUGUCGGCUGUUCGCCUCACUGGAAGCUUAUUCAUAACACCCCUUGUCAUCCAUUAGUGUUAAAACAACAGGGAGCUUCAACGACGGCGACGGCUACGAAAACGUCACUUCAAUUAAAAAGUGAAGUCGCGCUGCCUCACACUUUAUUGGGCUUACUGCGUCUCGUUUAAUUAGUCAGAUGUUGACUAUUUUUGUUUGGAGUUGAAUUCUAAGGACUGUAUCGAAGUUGAGCGAAAGAAAAAGAAAGUUUUUGUCUUUUGUUUACGUCGUCGAGCCGUCGUCGUUGCUUAAGCUCCAAUAACGCUUGCCAUCUCUUCCAUUUUUACGUAGAUAUUGCAGUUAUUUUUUUUAUUUCAGUUAAUUUUGUUUUUCCUUUGUUUUUGGGUAUGGCAAUGAAUGCUAAUGAAUUUCAAACAAAAGAAGAACAAAAAUUGUCUGAACUAAUAAAUUACCUGCAACAUAUACGUUUAAGAUCAUUGUCUCUUGUGUUGCGGGGCUGCUUUUCAGUAUAGCUGCUUGUGGUGUCGUUAAAUCCCGUGAUAAAGUAAUUAUUUUCUUCCUGCAGGUGAAGCUAAGUGAAAGUGUCGUAGGUCAGAAGACCGGAUACAAGAACUCGUAUUCCUCUACGUCUAUCGACAUCCUUGACUGGGUUUGUAAAAGAGUUACUUGCUUUCAAACUUUGAUAUGUAACUAACCGAUCGAGAAGAUCAUUUGAUGUUUGGUACAGGGGUUAGCGAUUAGUAACGUUUUGUUUGUUUGCUUGGUUUGUUCACAGCACCAUGGCCCAAAACCACCAUCACCGGCGAGACCUUUAGGUCCUCGAAGACCUUCUCCGAAGCUUGAUCCUUUAGAGAGAAGAUAGCAACUACAGCCUUUUGAAACCAUCAGCGAAUUGCCUGAAUCCGAAACAAAGGCUGGGCUAGAAGACGGCUUAUCCUUCUCUAUCAUAACGCUUUGUUUAAUACGAUUUUCUGAGAAUAAUCAAACCGAUCAGGAACAGUUCAAUGUACCGAAACUAACGAUCAACUGUUACAUCCGUACUAGGUAAUUUAUCACUCUGCAAUUGUUCUGGUAUGAUGUCCCAGGUUACAAGUGCGAACGCCUCUUUGAAUUUUUACCAAGUUUUGUCAAAGCUUGUCACUCCUCAGUAGCACUGUGACCUUGGGGCUCGACUGGUUUUGUCAAACGUCGCGAAGACGAACCGUCAGUCAGUCAAUUUUAAACGCGAGUCGGGUACGCUAUAACCUGAGAAACAGCCGACAUUUCGCGACGCCACCACUGGUUUUCCCGCGAAAUUCCAUACUGGGUAGUGUAGCCUGAGUAUCAGGCCUUCCUAAGGGGCUAUGGUAGAGGAGAUUUUAGAUGAGGGAGGAGGGCGGGGGGGAGAUAUCUCUCCUUCGGCUCUCUCCCUUUUUCGCUUUCAUCUUUCCCCUUUUCCCCCAGAAACGCCUGAUACUCAGGCUAGCUAGUGCUUCUGAUUGGUCAUACUGCGUGGGAAAUUUGCUUUUAACCAGUCAAAAGCACUCAGAAUCGGAAUUGGAUGGUGACCCAUCAUCAGUAUGGAAUUUCUGCGCUCCUUUCUCAGACGUCAUUUCUCAAGGCUGUUGACUGUUGCCUGACUAAAAAUGAGGCGUACUGUUUUCCCCUCCUUCCUGAAACGAGGUAGAACUUUGUAAUGUCGAAAGCAAAAGCUUCAAAUGGUCCAUACACAGCCCGGCGCCUCAGUUUUGAAAUUUGGAUUAAGCCUGGUAAUUUCCUCGUUCAUCCAUGCGUUAUGUACAAAGAAUAUAAGUUAUUUAUUUUCAUUAACUGGUAUUUGAGUGAGGCAUCAAUAGUUGUCGAGUUGCAGUUCGUUAAUAAGCAUUUAACGUAUGCUUAAUAAGGUUAAAGGUGCUGAAAGAAAAAGAUGCGGUGUCAUUUCUUAACAUUCGCAUUUCCUCUGGCGUAUUUGUUUUUUGUAAAUAUUGUGCGAAACAAGGAUGCUGUAAAAACUGCUCGUACGAAUUUUCAUUAGAUAUUAAAACA